AUGUUUAAAUACAAAAAAGUAGACUCAACUGAAGUAAAGAUUAUAAGUCUUGCUUAUGGCAUUGGCAUUAACGUUAACAGCAUAAUUGGAUCGGGAAUUGUUACUGCACCAGGAAUUAUUUGGAAUUCAGUAAAGUCUCCAGGAAUCGUAUUAUUAUUAUGGUUUAUAGGUGGACUCGUUAGUAUGGCGGUUCCUUAUCAUAUGUCGAGCUUGGCUUUCAUGUACAUUUUUGCGAUUAGGCCAGGAAUUACAAGUGCAGUUUUACAGUCUGCGGUGCAAUAUUUUUGGUAUACUAUUAGUGAACAUCAAUUUGAUAUGGAGCCAAAUAAAAACGGAUUUCAUCUUUCAUUCUCUCCGUUUUGGGCUAUAAAAUUCAUAGCGAUCGCGAUUUUAUUCUUUAUAACAGCAUAUCAUAUGAUUAAUAACAGACUGGCUAAUGUUAUAAACCAAUCACUGGCGGUUAUAAAAUUAAUCACAUAUUCAAUCAUCGCCAUAGUUGGAAUUUGUAGAUUAUUUUUGGAUUGGGAAACAAGUCGACUCCACUGGCAAAAGCCAUUAGAAAGAAAUACAGAUUUUACAGCUUAUACUUCUUCAAUGUUACUGUUAAAUGUUAUUUUUGUAGACUCGUUGAAUGAGUUUAAGAAUGUGGAAAAGGAACUUUUCUACAGCAAUAACCUUCUUGUAAAUAUUGCAUUUAUAUCGGUCGUACCGUUACAAGAUUCCUUAAAUGACGAAAGAUUGGAUCAAACUAUAGCUACAACUUUCUUUAAUAAAUUAUUUGAUGAAAAUGAGACGAUAGUUAGAAUUUUUACUUUUCUAAUCGUACUUUCUGUGAUUGGCACUGCUGCAUCAAAUGUGUGGAGUUAUUGGAUUUUUUAUUUGGCCACCGGAAUAGGAUUAUUGAUAAUUCGAACUAGAGAGUACAAAAAAUUACAGAAUAAACAAAGAUAUGAUAGUGAUAAAGAAAAGAUUAUAAGUAAAGUUUGGAACAAUAAGGCUGUCGAUAAAAAGAAAGAAAAAUUAUAUAAAGUUCCAUUAUUUAUAACUAUAAUUUUUAUUUUGUCAGGAUUCUAUAUUCUGAUAUUUUCUUUUGUUAUUCACGUUAAAUGCCCUGAAUCUAUAGCACCUGAAUCAAUUGAAUGUAGUAAAUAUUUAACAACAUAA